CAGUUGUGGAGGCUAUGGGAGAGGUAUCGUUGAGUUUACAUAUAGUAUAGUGGCGCUAUAUUCGUCAGAUCAGUCUGCAUAUUUACAAGUGCAUACAACAACAGAUACUGCAACGAGGUCAUCACCUUAUAAUUAUUAUAGUCUUUCUCCCAUAUCAUAUAUACAUACCUGAUACCAUGUUGACCUUCGUAGUUCUGGCCACAGCCCUAGUCAGCGGCACAUCCGCUUCUCGAUUACAAUUCAAAAACGAGAAAAGUGGGCACAUUCCAUCGUUGAUGAGUCAAAAGAGCGUAAUCGCUCCGUACGACAACUUCGCCGGAGCCAACGCAGCAGCGGCAAAACGAGCAGGAGCCAACGAUGCGACUGGGUUCCUAAAGGAUCUGAUGAAUUAUGGAAAUUGGUGUGGAGGUGGCCACGGCGGCUUCCAAGACUGCUGUGAUGGCAAGCCCUGUCCGAGUUGCGUGCUUAAUAGGACUGCCGAUGACAUAGCACCGUUAACAGAUGCAUGCCUGGAGGAAUGCCCUAUCAAGGACGAAUUGGAUGCGGCGUGUGCCCGUCACGACCACUGCACAUUCCAAUUCGAAGGACCAAGGCACCUCAAGUGUGUGCCACAGGGCAACUUCUGCCCGUGCGACUGCACUCUCUUAGCCGAGGCGCAAGCCAGCACGUGUGGGUUCCUCGAUUUGAACUGCUACACGUACAGGUUUGGGUUAGAAGCCUUGUUCAAGGGUAUGACGGAUUGUUGGUUUGAUGAUUACGCCAGGGGGGUGGUCACAUGUCUUGAGGAUGUGCUACAUGAGACCACUGCGGCUGGGGCAAAGAGCUCGACGGGAGACGAGGGUAAUAAGACCCCCAGCAAAAUCACCGACUUCUGCUAAAAGCAGGAGAUACUGAGUAUAUAAAAAUAUCGUUUGAAAUAAAACAUAUAAAUCAUUUCCGA